GUGGGCAGGGGGUAAUUCAGCGAGUCUCGCAGUGGGCGAAAAACAGCGGAGUAAGAAAGAGGCACCGCCUGCAGAGGUCACAACAUCUGUUGGGAGAGGGACGAAAAGUGAUCCAAGAAGACCCCAAAAUUCGGAGACUCCUUGUCUGAACGUCCUAAAUCAACAGGCAAUUGUUUUGCGGCUGGUGAAAGCGAGAGGCAUUUGGGUGAAUUAACAGGGAGCACACCUUAGUGCUCACCGAGCGGGACAGGGUGGCAAAUCGGAGUCUCUGGAGUUACCCUUUGCCGAAGUUUACCCUGGGAGACUGAAGCUGGGUAAGGAUGGAUCUAAAUAGUGCGCUGGUCUGCCUUCAGCUCUUGUCGAUUCGACUGGGGCUCGCAAUGGAACUACAACCUGACAUGCCGCAUGUAUGUGCAGAGCAGAUACUGGCCAUGGUGGGACACCGACAACCUUGUGUGCAGGCCUUUACACGAAUGGUUAAAGUGUGGAAGCAGGGAUGCACUGCGCAAAAACGGUGGUGCGUUGGAUAUGAGAGAAGAACUGGUUACUACACUGCCUAUAGACAGGUGUACAGUUUAGAGCUCCAGACCACCUACAAAUGCUGCAUAGGAUGGAACCAACAGGACGAGGAGCCAGGAUGCUUUCACUCCACAUGCUCUGUUGGCAUAUGUUUUAAUGGAGGCAAGUGUAUGGAAAGCAUCUCCCAAGUGUGUCACUGCCCAGAGGGAUUCCAGGGUCCACGAUGUCAGUAUGAUGUGAACGAAUGUGCCAAUGAUAAUGGAGGGUGUCAAGACCAGUGCUGUAACACCAUUGGUAGUUAUUACUGCAAAUGUCCAACAGGACAGAGACUAGAAGCUAAUGGGAAAUAUUGUGAAGAUGUUGAUGAAUGUUCUGUGGUUAAUGGAGGCUGCCAACAAAGUUGUAUCAACACCAAGAGCUCUUUCUACUGUGAAUGUGAGCCCGGCUACAAGAUCCAUGCAGAUGGUCGCACAUGCAUCACUAUCAACUCCUGUUCCAUGAACAAUGGCGGUUGUGAACAUGAGUGUGUGCAGAUCAGUGAAAACCACUAUCAGUGCAAGUGCCGAUGGAACUACCGACUGACGGCAGACGGGAAACACUGUGAACUGAAAGAUCCGUGUCGUGAGAGAAAUGGUGGCUGUAGCCACAUAUGCCACAACGAAGCUGGAACUGUGCGGUGUGAAUGCAAUCCUGGAUAUCUGCUGUCGGUGAAUGGAAAGAACUGUGAAGACAUCAAUGAGUGCACCACAGGAAUUGCAAUGUGUGCUCAUCGCUGCGUCAAUAUCCUGGGAUCAUUUAGCUGUCUCUGUAACCCUGGAUUUGAACUGGGAGCUGACGGAAAACAGUGUUAUCGCAUUGAAAUGGAGAUUGUGAACAGCUGUGAGAGGAACAAUGGUGGGUGUUCUCACCACUGUGAACACACAACCACAGGGCCUUCCUGCUCCUGUAAUCAGGGAUAUGUCCUGGACUCCGACGGGCACACGUGUCUUGAUUCCAAUGAGUGCGAGACUGACACAGCUUGCUGUGCACAAGAUUGUAUUAACAAUCCUGGAGGCUACGAGUGCAGCUGUCGAGCAGGAUACCGGCUGAACAUCGAUGGAUGCAGCUGUGAUGAUGUGAAUGAGUGCUCAGCAGACAAUGCUGGUUGUGAAUAUCUGUGUAUAAACAUCCGUGGAUCCUUUCAGUGCACAUGCCAGGAAGGAUAUAAGCUGGAUACAGACAGGAAGAGCUGUAUUUAUCUUGAAGAUGAAUUUGAAGAUUUUGAUGAAGAGGAAGAAAUAGAACUGGUCAGAUUCCAGGAAAUGCUGUUGAGGGGACCCCCACAGCUUCUUCACUACAACCCCUCACUGACACCCUUGUAUCAGGAGGAUUUGAGGAGUGAACUCAGACUAGUGCAUAAAAUCAUUUGCUUGGACAACACCUUUGGCAAUGACUGCAGCCUGACCUGUGCUGACUGUGUGAAUGGCGGCCUCUGCAAAGCCCAGGGAGAUGGCUGCAGCUGCCCUGCAGGGUGGGCAGGUCUCAUCUGCAAUGAAACCUGUCCCCAAGGUACCUAUGGGAUGGACUGCAAUAGCAUCUGCAAGUGUCAGAACGGAGGAUCAUGUGAUGCAGUCACAGGGACAUGCCUUUGCCCGCCUGGAAUUGGAGGAGAGUUUUGUGAAAAUGGCUGUCCUAAAGGAUUCUUUGGAAAGAACUGUAACAGGCAGUGUAACUGUGCUGGCAAUGGCUACUGUCACCGUUCCUAUGGGGCUUGUUUGUGUGACCCUGGACUGUAUGGACGUUUCUGCCAUUUACCGUGUCCCAAGUGGGCAUUUGGACCUGGUUGUUCCAUGGAAUGUCAAUGUGUGCAGGCACAUGCAACUGGCUGUGACCCCAAAAAUGGCACCUGUAUUUGCAAACCAGGUUUCCAGGGUCUUGGAUGUGCAGAGGAUUGCAACCCUGGUUUCUAUGGUGCUGGUUGUAAGUUCCAGUGUGACUGUGCAGUUGGUGUGCCAUGUGACAAAGAGACUGGCAAGUGUCAACACCAGUGUCCACCAGGGUUCCAAGGAGAAGGAUGUCUGUUGACUUGUGAUUCUGGAAGAUUUGGGACUAAUUGCAGAGAGAAUUGUGACUGUGGAGGGGCCCCUUGCAACUCAAGAACUGGGCAGUGCAUCUGCCCUGCUGGUAAAAUGGGACUGAGGUGUGAAACAGAAUGCCCAACUGGCUACUGGGGCCUAAACUGCCAGUUCCCUUGUCAAGUCUGUGAAAAUGGAGGUGUUUGCAACAAGGAAUCGGGAACCUGUGACUGUCCGGCGGGAUUCACUGGAGCAAUGUGCCAGGAUGCUUGCUCUCCUGGUUAUUAUGGACCGGCUUGUCAGCAUCAGUGCCACUGUGAAAAUGGCGUCCUGUGUAACAGUGUAACUGGCGACUGUAUCUGUGGUCCUGGUUGGAUGGGGCCUGACUGCAAAGCAGCUUGUGACGUGGGCCGAUGGGGACAAGGCUGCAAGAAUCUGUGUGACUGCAACAGUACUGACGGGAGCUGUAAUCCUGUGACUGGCCACUGUCUGUGUGAGGCGGGUUAUAAUGGGGACCAUUGUGAAAACAAGUGCCCUGUUGGAAGCUACGGUCCACGAUGUGAAUCCAUCUGCCGGUGUAAAAAUGGAGCAACUUGCGAUCACAUCAGCGGGGCGUGCACCUGCGCAGCUGGUUGGAUGGGAACCUUCUGUGAAAGACCUUGCCCUGAUGGAUUUCAUGGCCUUGACUGUCAGCAGAUGUGCAACUGCAGAAAUGGUGCCAGAUGUGAUCCUGUGACUGGAACGUGUCACUGUCCCCCUGGCUGGCUGGGACCUCAGUGCAAGCAAGCCUGUCCUGAUCAGCGAUACGGAGAGGGCUGCAGCCAACAUUGUGAUUGCUACAAUAGUGCGGCAUGUGAUCAUGUGACUGGCCAGUGUCGCUGUGCUCCUGGAUGGAUAGGAACCAUGUGCCAACAGCGGUGCCCUACCGGGUUCUAUGGAAUGAACUGCUUGCAGCCGUGUGUCUGCAGGGACUCGGCCCAGUGUGACCCCGUGAGCGGAACUUGCGCCUGCCCCAAAGGCUGGACCGGAAUCGCUUGUGAGCUGGAGUGUGAAGAAGGACGGUUUGGUGAAGGCUGUCAGCAACAGUGUAGCUGCAGGAACGGGGGAACCUGUGACCGACACUCUGGAAAAUGCACUUGCAGACCCGGCUGGAUUGGAGAAAAAUGUCAGACUCCUUGCCCAGCAGGAUUCCAUGGAGAACACUGUGAGGAAAGAUGCGAGUGUGAAAAUGCCAUUUCCUGUCAUCAUGAGACAGCAGCCUGCCAAUGCACCCAAGGCUGGCGGGGGAAGAGAUGUGACAAACCCUGCUUGCCUGGUUACUAUGGAGACAACUGUGACCAGAGAUGUGACUGCCCAUCAGGCGUUGCGUGUAACCAUGUGACUGGAGAGUGCGGUUGCCCUGUCGGAUUCACAGGCAAUGGUUGUGAAGAAAGUUGUCCUCCAGGCACCUAUGGACAGGACUGCAACCAGGUGUGCCAGUGCUCAGGAGUGAAUGAGGAGUGCCACCCUGUCACUGGCCGAUGCACCUGCCUUCCUGGCUACCAUGGGGCCCAAUGUGAUCUUCAAUGUCCAGAGGGAACCUAUGGCCCAUACUGCCGAGAGAGAUGCAAGUGCCAGAACGAAGGCCGGUGUGACACUGUAACUGGAACCUGCAGCUGUCCACCUGGACUUAUUGGAGCUGAUUGCAUGAUUGUUUGUCCAGAAGGUUACUAUGGGAAGGACUGUAUGAAUCUAUGUCAAUGUGGUGAUGAACGUCGAUGUGACCCUGUGACAGGAAAAUGCGUGUGUCCGUCUGGUGUACUGGACCCCACUUGUCACCAAGUUUGUCCAAAGGGGCGAUUCGGACAAAGCUGUUUGCAUACCUGUGCCUGUCAGAACAGCGGAGUCUGUAACCCAGAAGAUGGAACAUGUUCCUGUGGACUAGGAUGGACUGGUACCCAUUGUGAGAAAGAAUGUCGUGCUGGAAAAUAUGGAGCUAACUGCCAGCUGGAAUGUUUGUGUUUGAAUAACGGAACCUGCGAUAGGUUCACAGGCAGCUGUCGGUGUCUGGGAGGUUUCUAUGGUCCUCUGUGUGAACACAGUUGUCCUCUGGGCUUUUAUGGCUUGUCCUGUGAUCACACCUGUGACUGUAAAAAUGGUGCUGCCUGUGAACCUAUCACAGGCCAUUGCAUCUGCCCCCCUGGUUACCAAGGUGACUUCUGUGAAAAAGUCUGUGACACUGGAUACUUUGGGGACAGAUGUCUGAAGACUUGUGACUGUGAAGGCAUCACAGCAUGUCAUCCUAUAACAGGAAAGUGCUUCUGCCCACCAGGGAGAACUGGAGAUCGAUGCGAUACAGAAUGUCGAAUGAAUAGAUAUGGACCUAACUGCUCCUUGGUGUGCCACUGUGCGCACAAAGCUCACUGUAACCCUCGAAAUGGGAAUUGUGCAUGUCCUUUCCAAUGGAUGGGUCCAACGUGUGAAGAAGGUGGUCCUCCUCGGCCAAUGAAAUCCUAUCAGAGGGUACGGUCACACAUGCGCCAUCUGCAGAGAGGGGUCCGUCGCUCUUAGUUUACUCCAGGAUUUUGUCUUCAAAC